GGCGGCCCCCGCGGAGGUCGACAGCUGCCCGCAGUUGUGGAGGAGUGGUGGGAGCGUCAGCGGCUGCGGGCGACGCCAGUUCCGGACGGGGCUCCCCUCAGCUCUCCAGGAGCGUCUCCUGCCUCGCAUCUAGCCCCGGGCUGCCUUCCGACGGCGGCUGUUCCGGCUGACAACCUUGUGAGUGCGGGCACUGUGGGGAAGCCGUCGCCGCCCCCGCCUCGGGGCCGAGGAAGGGUGCCUGUGGCGCCGCGUCGCCCAGCUACGCCGCCUCCUAGCCCUCAGUGGCGGCCCGGUUCUCGCUGGAAGCACUCCCCCCAGCUCCAUGAAUGGAAAUCGGCUCCGCAGGACCUGUUGGGGCCCAGCCCCUACUCAUGGUGCCCAGAAGACCUGGCUAUGGCACCAUGGGCAAACCCAUUAAACUGCUGGCUAACUGUUUUCAAGUUGAAAUCCCAAAGAUUGAUGUCUACCUCUAUGAGGUAGAUAUUAAACCAGACAAGUGUCCUAGGAGAGUGAACAGGGAGGUGGUUGACUCAAUGGUUCAGCAUUUUAAAGUAACUAUUUUUGGAGACCGUAGACCAGUUUAUGAUGGGAAAAGAAGCCUUUAUACAGCCAAUCCACUUCCUGUGGCAACUACUGGGGUAGAUUUAGAUGUUACAUUACCUGGGGAAGGUGGAAAAGAUCGACCUUUCAAAGUGUCAAUCAAAUUUGUCUCUCGGGUGAGUUGGCACCUACUGCAUGAAGUACUGACAGGACGGACCUUGCCUGAGCCACUGGAGUUAGACAAGCCAAUCAGCACUAACCCUGUCCAUGCCGUUGAUGUGGUGCUACGACAUCUGCCCUCCAUGAAGUACACACCUGUGGGGCGCUCCUUUUUCUCAGCUCCAGAAGGAUAUGACCACCCUCUAGGAGGGGGCAGGGAGGUAUGGUUUGGAUUCCAUCAAUCUGUUCGGCCCGCCAUGUGGAAAAUGAUGCUUAAUAUUGAUGUUUCUGCCACUGCCUUCUACAAAGCACAACCUGUGAUUCAGUUCAUGUGUGAAGUUCUUGACAUUCAUAAUAUUGAUGAGCAACCAAGACCUCUGACUGAUUCUCAUCGGGUAAAAUUCACCAAAGAGAUAAAAGGUCUGAAGGUUGAAGUGACUCAUUGUGGAACAAUGAGACGGAAAUACCGUGUUUGUAAUGUAACAAGAAGGCCUGCCAGUCACCAAACCUUUCCUUUACAGUUAGAAAAUGGCCAAACUGUGGAAAGAACAGUAGCGCAGUACUUCAGAGAGAAAUAUACUCUGCAGCUGAAAUACCCACACCUUCCCUGUCUGCAAGUGGGGCAGGAACAGAAGCAUACCUACCUGCCCCUGGAAGUCUGUAAUAUUGUGGCAGGGCAACGAUGUAUCAAAAAGCUAACAGACAAUCAGACUUCCACUAUGAUUAAGGCAACAGCAAGAUCUGCACCAGAUAGACAGGAGGAAAUUAGCCGAUUGGUAAGAAGUGCAAAUUAUGAGACAGACCCGUUUGUUCAGGAGUUUCAGUUUAAAGUUCGGGAUGAGAUGGCACAUGUCACUGGCCGCGUACUCCCAGCGCCUAUGCUCCAGUAUGGAGGACGGAAUCGAACAGUAGCAACACCAAGCCAUGGAGUAUGGGACAUGCGAGGAAAGCAGUUCCACACAGGAGUUGAAAUCAAAAUGUGGGCCAUUGCUUGUUUUGCCACACAGAGGCAGUGCAGAGAAGAAAUACUGAAGGGGUUCACAGACCAACUGCGGAAGAUUUCCAAGGAUGCAGGGAUGCCUAUCCAGGGCCAGCCCUGCUUCUGCAAGUACGCACAGGGGGCAGACAGCGUGGAGCCCAUGUUCCGGCAUCUCAAGAACACCUACUCAGGGCUGCAGCUCAUCAUCGUCAUCCUGCCAGGAAAGACACCAGUGUAUGCUGAGGUGAAACGUGUGGGAGACACACUUUUGGGAAUGGCUACACAAUGUGUUCAAGUCAAGAAUGUAAUUAAAACAUCUCCUCAGACUCUCUCAAAUUUGUGCCUGAAGAUAAAUGUUAAACUUGGAGGGAUCAAUAAUAUUCUUGUACCUCAUCAAAGACCAUCUGUGUUCCAGCAACCAGUGAUCUUUUUGGGAGCAGAUGUCACUCAUCCACCUGCUGGUGAUGGAAAGAAGCCUUCUAUUGCUGCCGUUGUUGGAAGUAUGGAUGCCCACCCAAGUAGAUACUGUGCCACAGUUAGAGUACAGAGGCCCCGGCAGGAGAUUAUUCAGGACUUAGCCUCCAUGGUUCGGGAACUUCUCAUUCAAUUUUAUAAGUCGACACGGUUCAAACCUACUCGUAUCAUCUUUUAUCGGGAUGGUGUUUCAGAGGGACAAUUUAGACAGGUUUUGUAUUAUGAGCUGUUAGCAAUUCGAGAAGCUUGCAUCAGUUUGGAGAAAGACUAUCAACCUGGAAUAACCUAUAUUGUAGUUCAGAAGAGACAUCACACUCGGUUAUUUUGUGCUGAUAGGACGGAAAGGGUUGGAAGAAGUGGCAAUAUCCCAGCGGGAACAACAGUUGAUACAGACAUUACACACCCAUAUGAGUUUGAUUUUUACCUCUGUAGCCAUGCUGGAAUACAGGGUACCAGUCGUCCUUCCCACUAUCAUGUUUUGUGGGAUGAUAACUGCUUUACUGCAGAUGAACUUCAGCUGCUGACUUACCAGCUCUGCCACACAUAUGUACGCUGUACACGGUCUGUUUCUAUUCCUGCACCAGCGUAUUACGCUCACUUGGUGGCAUUCAGAGCCAGAUAUCAUCUCGUGGACAAAGAACAUGACAGUGCCGAAGGAAGUCAUGUUUCAGGACAAAGCAAUGGGCGAGAUCCACAAGCUCUCGCCAAGGCUGUACAGAUUCACCAAGAUACCUUACGCACAAUGUACUUUGCUUAAAGAGUCCAAGUAUAUUCUCUGAGAGGAAGAACUGCAUUGACACACAGCCUAUGUUGAGUGAAGUCAAUCGAGCAAGGAGGGACGCCUCCAGCCAUACAGAAACCAACACAGUGGGGCCCAGGGUCAGAUCCUUAUGUUGGUACAAUGAAGAUUGUCUGCUUCAUCAAGGAAGGCAGCACCAUUAUGCAAUAUGAAACCAGCCAACUGCUUUUUGUGCAGUCUCCGUAGGAAGUAUUGCAAUUGUUUUCUUUUCACUUCUUAUAGUCUAACCGUUUUAAUGCCUUUACCUCAAGUUGCUUGGCAGCACAGCUAUCUUUGCAAAAAAAAAAAAAAGAAGAAAAUGUAAAUGAUGGUUGAAAAAAUACAUACCUACAGGAAUAAUCACUGAUUGUUCACAAUUAUGUGCAAAAAAAUUAACAUGCACUCAUGUAUUAUCUUGUAAAAGUAGUCUGUGUAUUUUUAAAAUAUAUACAUGCAUACUUCCUAUGCAUAUGUAUCUGGAUCUAGACUGAUAACAGAUAUAUAUGUAUCUGUGUAUAUAUUUUAGAGCUCAUUCCAUUGGGGAAGCGUCUCCCUUUAUUCCCCCGUCUUUGUUUCCCUCUCACACUGCUUGCCUUCAUCAGCUGUAUUUUUUCUCCUCUGAUGCUGCCAGUGACAUUCAAAUGUUCAUGCAUCUAAUUCACUUGACUGUGAAGCAUGGCAAACUAGAUUUCUAUAUUUAUUUUGCACACCCUACUCCUGUCUCCUGUCUCAUACACAAUUUUGAGUCCUCAACCCUGAUAGUGCUUUAAGAAACAAAAUUAUUUUCUAUCUGUAUCUUUACACAGUGUUGUCAUAUGUCUCCAGACUGAACUUCACAUUUGCCCCUGAGCAAUGUGUGCAUAAGCAGUAGCAACCUAGUAUUCUUUAUCUUCAGUGAGUUUAUCAAAGCUGCUACAAAUAUGAAACCUUGUCAGAAAUUGUAACUCUUCCUCUCUGAUAAGUGACAUGUAUUCUAAAGCCUUCUGCUCCUACAGGACAGACAUGAAAAUUCCUUAAAGCUUUUAUAAAGGAUAAAUAUUUUAAAAGGUUGGAACUCUGUAGGGUUGAGGCCUCUGAAAUUGAGUAGAGGAAAGAGGAUUAUGGAGUUUUUGUUUUGUUUUGAUUUGCUUUUUGCUGGGUUACUUGCUGCCUCUCAAACCUUAAUGUGAUUUUCAUAUAUAUUUUUAUAUAUAUGUAUGUUUGUAUAUAUAUAUAUAUAUAAACAUAUAUGUAUGUGUUUUGAAUUAUAGCUUCCUUUUCUUUUAUAUUUAUUAGAAUAGUGCUUUAAUAAUUAUAGGACCGUGUUGACAGCAUCUUUUAUAGAAAUAUAAUCAUGUUUAUUUUAAGAACUGACAACUUGUUUUUUGCUAUCUUUUAGUGCAAUAAGCAGUUUUAAAGGAAAGUUGUAUCUUUUUGACAUCUCUACCAUGGGUAAUGGGAGGAAUGGGCACCUCCAUAAUUUUAUAAGGAUGAAGUAAUACAGCCUUAAUUUCAGAAGGGAGAUUUUAUAAUUUUCAGUUUUAAAGCAUACCUUUAAAAAUCGUAAUGAAAAUGAAGAAAGCCUAAUUGCUUGCCUGAGUUUGACCUUAGAUCUUAAAAAUAAAGUUGAACGUUAACAAGUGACAAUAAACAACCCAACACUUAAGAGAUGUCUAAAUUAUUUGAAAAUAGAUUAUGUUUAUUGAAGAUUCAUACCAGCCAGGUGCCAAUUUUUAUUUACUAAGAUGAAUCAAGAAAGUGUGAAUUGAUAUUUUAAAGAGAAUUUUUGCUGAUUUAUCACCAGUAUGACUUUCCUUUUAAAACUAAUGUGAUACUGGCAAAGGAAGUCGAGACUUCGAUCAUUUUAAAUUAUUUAAAUCACUAAAAUGUGGGUGGGGUGGGGGGAGUUCUGCAAAACUUUCGUCUGUUGAUUUCACUUUAAGAUGUUAAGUACUAAAAAGCUGUCAAAACCAAGUGUAUCAAUAACAUUGGAUUCAGAGGAGUUUUAUGCCUUAUAGUUCAUGAAAAUUGCGUUUUGACUUUUUUUGUUUGCACUGGUUAAGAGUAUAGAUAUUUCAGAUUGCUUCCAGCGGGCAUUGUUAUUAGCCUUUCAGAAUUCCAUCUGCACAUGAAAACUAAUGGAUUUAGAUCUUUAGUUUGUCUCUUACCUUCAAUCCACUAACAUUGCCAAUUUACUGUAUUUUGAGCCUAAAAUCUGAGCCCAUGCCCUUCAAUAGGCAUGAAAUCUUUUGUCCCAAUGCCAGAAAACUAAGAAAGUACUGUAUUUUGUAUCUUUAUUAUUUUGAAGCAUCUGAAAUGAGAUUUACGAUACUGUUUCAAAGCACUUUACAUAAUAUUUAUAUAGUAUAUAUACAUUUUUUUCCUCCCAGCCUGCUACCAUCUCCUCAGAACAAAAAAAAAAAAAUCCCAUUAAAGUAUGCUUGUUUUCUUACAUUGAAACUUCACGGAAUAGAGUCAGGAGCAUGAGCUAGAGAAGACAGCCAUAUACCCUGGGUGGUGCAAGUUUUAUUUUUCUGUGCUUGCUCAGUAUGAAUAAAAUGUCUUCCUUCAUUCGUGGGAGCUACAGAGACUCAUGUGGAAAAUUUCAGGGAGCAACUGUAGCUACCCUUUCCCUACUCACUGCUUACCCUAAUCUCCAGUCACUUAGUGUCACACGUGCUAGGGAGAAUCCGUGAAAUUAAAUGUACUUGGAAGGACAUUUUUUAAGAUGAAAAGUAUUUUUUCUAAAAUAUAGAGCUUUACCUUUUGAGUGAUUUCUUUUUUAGAGACUUAACACUAUUCAGCAUUGUUAGUUUAAGGUUGAUUAACUUGAAAGAAUAUGUAUAGUAUAUUUCUAUUUUGCUUACUAACAAAUUGAUAUAUAAACCUAAUUAUUUAAAAAACCUUAUGCAUAGAGUUUUAAGAUAAAGGCUAAGUGGCAAAUAUUGGAAUUUGUUCUUAUUAUUAUUGCACUUUUGGUGCAGAAUUCCUAAUCUUUAAAUUUUUAAAAAGGUUGCUUUGAGUUUCUUUGUAAAUUUAAAUAUGAAACUCAGAAUGAUCUCUCUGCUUCUACCCUUGCUCAUGACUGAAUGCUAAAUUUUGAUCUGCUAUUUUCUGUGAUAUGUCAUAUAAGAGAGACUUUAAAAUGUCACCCCCAGCAACUGUUAAAAAUGAUUUUAAUGUGAAGAAGGGUUGGGAGUUUAAUGUAUAUUCCUGUUGGCAAUGUCUGUGAAAAGUGCAGAUACAUGUUCUUAUGUUACAGUAUUGAGUAACUGGCAUUGAGGACUACGUGUUUAUAAUGCUGUAGCUGCUAUAUUUAUUUAAGUAGGGUCUGACAGUUACUGCACUAAACCUUAAGAUGAACAGGA